AAAAAAACUCUCGUACGUUCAGUCAAGAUGAAACGCAGCGAUAACGUAGAGAUGGGUCCCAUCAAGUGCACGAACGCCAGCGGGGAUUUUGCGUCCGGGCAGCGGCGGCCCAACGCUGACCCCGGCCCCCGUCCAAGCGUCUCCGCCGCUUCGCAAGCCCCUUUCGGCGCCGAGGGAGACGACAGGGGUGACCGAGGAGACCGACACGUGCACACGCACAUCCGCAUGAAGUACAGCAACUUGUACCCAAACAAACCCGUGGUCAGGACUAGCUUCCAGGGAAAGGUCUACAAUUUCCUGGAAAGACCGACUGGCUGGAAGUGCUUCGUCUACCAUUUCACUGUGUUUGUGAUGGUUCUGGUCUGCCUGAUCUUCAGUGUUCUCUCUACAAUAGACAGCUACACAGUCCUGGCAAACGCAACUCUCUUUUGGAUGGAGAUAUUUCUGGUGGUGUUCUUUGGUCUGGAGUACACCGUGCGCCUGUGGUCCGCGGGCUGUCGGAGCAAGUACGUCGGCAUCCGCGGACGCUUCCGAUUCGCCAGGAAACCCAUCUCCAUUAUCGAUCUGAUCGUAGUGGUGGCGUCUAUCAUAGUGCUGUGUGUGGGAUCCAAUGGACAAGUGUUCGCAACCUCAGCCAUCAGGUAA